UUCCUGCAUGUUCCUGUGCGGUUCCUGCAUGUUCCUGUGCGGUUCCUCCAUGUUCCUGUGCAGUUCCUGCGUGGCCCUGUGCAGUUCCUGCGUGUUCCUUCCCCCCUUCCAGUCCGGACACUUUCCCCCCCUUCUAGUCCGGACACUUUCCCUCCCCUUCCAGUCCGGACACUCCCCCCCCCCCUCCAGUCCGGAUGCUUUCCCCCCCCUUCCAGUCCGGACACUUUCCCCCCCCUCCCAGUCCGGACACUUUCCCCCCCCUUCCAGUCCAGACACUCCCCCCCCCCUUCCAGUCCGGACACUUUCCCCCCCUUCCAGUCCGGACACUUUUCCCCCCUUCCAGUCCGGACACUUUUCACCCCCUUCCAGUCCAGACACUCCCCCCCCCCUUCCAGUCCGGACACUUUCACCCUCUUCCAGUCCGGACACUUCCCCCCCCUUCCAGUCCGGACACUUUCACCCCCUUCCAGUCCGGACACUUUCCCCCCCUUCCAGUCCGGACACUUUCACCCUCUUCCAGUCCGGACACUUUUCCCCCCCUUCCAGUCCGGACACUUUCCCCCCCUUUCAGUCUGGACACUUCCCCCCCCUUCCAGUCCGGACACUUUCCCCCCCUUCCAGUCCAGACACUUUCCCCCCCUUCCAGUCCGGACACUUUCCCCCCCUUCCAGUCCGGACACUU